CCAACCCGCUGUCUCGCUGACACCGGUAGUGACGCGAAAAUGGCGUCCUCCGCUGCCCGGCUGACUACACGCUGGUUAUCAGCAUCAGUCUCUUCUGGACAUCGUAGCGGUCGUUUUCUGACUGUCUCCGUCAGACAUGCAGGAGUUUGUUCAGCGACUACAUUGCAGACGUACCGGGGAGGGAUAGCGGUUAGCCUGAGCUCUGGGGCACACGGAAAUGUCGUGACAUUGAGAGGACUGACAGGCACAAGAUGUCCCCAUGGCAUUGCCUGCCAUUCUUUUCACACCAGCAGCAGGCUGGCAAACAAACAGGACUUCUAUGGAGUCUUGGGUGUCUCCCGCACUGCCACACAGAAGGACAUCAAGAAGGCUUACUACCAGUUGGCAAAGAAGUACCACCCGGACACCAACCCAGAUGAUCCAGAGGCCAAAGAGAAGUUUGCAAAGCUGGCUGAAGCCUAUGAGGUGCUGAGUGACGAGGUGAAGAGGAAGCAGUAUGACACAUACGGAGCAGCAGGCUUUGACCCAAACCGUGCUGGGGCAGGCCAGCAGCAGUACUACAGGGCCGGGGGGACCAAUAUAGACCCAGAGGAGCUCUUCAGGAAGAUAUUUGGAGAGUUUACUGGAGGAAUGAACUUUGGAGACAUCCACAACAUGUUUGAACAAAGGCCAGAGUUUGUGAUGGAGCUUACGUUUUCUGAGGCAGCGAAGGGCGUAAAUAAGGAGCUGAAUGUGAACAUUGAUGAUGCCUGCCCGAGGUGUGAUGGAAAGGGCAGCGAGCCAGGCACCAAGGUGUCUCAGUGUCACUAUUGCAACGGCACUGGAAUGGAGUCAAUCAACACGGGUCCUUUCAUGAUGCGCACUGCCUGUCGACGCUGCGGUGGGAAGGGAUCAAUCAUAACCACGCCCUGCGCUCUGUGCCGAGGAUCAGGCCAGACCAAGAAGAGGCAAACGGUCACUGUUCCAGUACCUACUGGUGUGGAAGAUGGUCAGACAGUACGCAUGUCAGUAGGGACAAGAGAAAUCCUCAUUACAUUCAGGGUCCAGAAAAGCCCAGUGUUCAGGCGCAAUGGAGUAAACAUCCACUCAGAUGUGUUUAUCUCUAUAGCUCAGGCCAUCCUGGGGGGCACAGCCACAACACAGGGCCUCUAUGAAACGAUCAGUAUAGUGAUCCCUCCCAGUUGCCAGGCUGAUCAGGUGAUCCGGCUGCAGGGGAAAGGCAUUCGGAGGAUGAACAGCUACAGCUAUGGAGAUCACUACGUCCACAUCAAGAUCAGAGUGCCAAAGAAGUUGACUCGUAGGCAGCGCUCUCUGUUGCUAACUUAUGCUGAAGAGGAGACGGACGUUCAGGGAACUGUCAACGGUGUCAGUCCUUCUGCAGGAGGGGGCAGCAGCACUUCAGGUUCUGGUGCGAAGUCGACCAGCUCAGAGGAGGGACAGGACAAGCAGCAGCAGCAGCAGCAGCAGCAGCAGGAGGAAGAGGGAGGCUUCUUCUCUAAACUAAAGAAAUUGUUUAGCUGACACUCAGGCUGCAGGUGGAAAACCACAGUAAACAUGUUAAAGGAAGAAAAGAAAUCCACUGACCGGGCCUCCGUGCUGUCUCCUCCGGCUUUAGGGAUUGAGCAAGGAGGAGGAAGACAGAGGCAGAGUGGUAUUUGUGUUGACACAGUCGCACAUUGUUGAAGCUGCAGUUGGCAAACAGGCCAUGUAGACGCCAGGUCCACCCACACACCCACUGGCCCGUCACCACAGACAGGUGCUGAGAAACUCAAGAACUGCUGGAAUAGGAACAAGAUGAGGAACAAGAUGGUGACUACAGAGGACUAUUGUGGUAUAACUCUCCUCCCUGCUUACUGUUUGAAACUGCGCUGCUGUCACAAAGUGCUCUACAGACAGUAAUUCUAUUAAAUCAAACCAAGUAAUGGGUAGAGAAAUGGAAUUCGUAACCGCCUCAGUCAGAGUUAGUUGUACUUGGUAUGAUGUGUUGUACCUGUGUGUGGCAACAAAACUGUGCAAAUACGUAAUUAAAUUAAUUUUUAUCUUUCA